CGAUCCUCAGGGCUCGCGAGUUUGCUUACGUCAUCAUCCGAAGGAAUCGAUCGAGGUAGCUCCGGCGAGAUCCAUUCCAUGAUGACCGCCUUCCUGGCCUCCUCCUCCUCCGCCACUUCCACCGGAAAUUACCGCUCGAACUCCGAGAAUCCUCCGCCGCAUCACGACGAGUCGCCGCUCGCCCCCUCCGUUAAGAAGGACAACGCCGCUACGAAGAGGCCUCGUUCCAAGGAUGUCUCCUCUCGGUACCUCGCCCCGUCGCCUACCUCCCACUCCACUGCCACCGUCGCCCCUUCCUCCUGGUCCUCCUCCAGUUCGGUGCUCUUCCCCUCGCCUACCGUGGCGCAGAGGUGCUCGGUGUCGCCGGCAUUGAAUCGGGAAUCCGUAGAGAAGCGAUCCCAGUCCGUCCGUCGCGUUAACCCUUUGACGCCCCGGACCGAUUCCCAGGCCGAAAAUUCGGCGUCCGCCCGAGUACAAUAUUCGCAGACUCGGAGCCUUUCGGUCUCGUUCCAGGGGGAACCCUUCUUCUACAAGCCCAACCACCCGAAGAACACUUCCUUCAUCCUGUUGAGCAAACCCAGUCCGGAGCGUCGGCUUGCUGGUGAAGUCGCCGUGACGCCUGCGAGGGAUGGAAACCAUUCGGAGAACUCGAGGCCAUUGGUAAAACGGCCUCGAUGGCCUGGCGCAAUGGCCCGAGCGUCGAAUCCGUUGAUGCGCACCUUGGAUUGCCCGUCCAGUCGGAGCCACCCGAUCUUGGUCAAGGUCCAGUCACUGCGAGAGCCGAUGGUGUUCGGCGAUGGCAAUCAGAGGUCACCUGUUGACGGGGCCGACCUCUCCGCCUUAUCCGAUAAUGGCAACAUGUCGUCUGAGGGAAAUUUUGGGGCGCCGCAGCUUGGCAUUCCCCCUGUGGAGGUGGCACCUCUAGGGAAAAGCGUGCCAGCGAGGUUUUCGCAGCAGACGAGUAGCAGGCAGCUUAGGUUGCCGAACUCGGGCCUCUUCUUGCCUCCUCCUAGCUCUAGUUCGACACUCCAAUCCGAGCUAGGUUUAAUGAGGAAAUUAUCAGUCACCAACCCUUCACCAUUCCAUCGACUCAUUAGAUCCCCUUCCCUUUCUAAUUACAUGGCCACUCCAUCCAGGGGGAUGGCUAGCCGCGUAAGGAGUGGGACAAAUGUGACUGUAUUUCCAAGUGAUCAGCCGGCAAAUGCGCCUUCAAUCAUCAGCUUUGCUGUUGAAGUGAGGAGAUCUAAGAAAGGUGAGAACCGUAUUGAAAAAGCUCACAUGCUGAGGCUGCUUGAUAACCGAUACGUCCAAUGGAGGUUUGUUAAUGCAAAAAUCACUGCAACGUUGCUGUCAAAGAAGGUUACUGCAGAGAAAAAUAUAUACGAUGCAUGUAUUACAACCUCAAAUUUGCGUGAUUCUGUCUCUUUCAAGAGGUCCAAGCUACAUAUUAUGAUGGAUAAUUUGAAGCUCACGUCUGUACUUGAGGGGCAAAUAACCUAUCUGGAUGAAUGGUCUCUGAUGGAUACUGAGCAUUCAAACUCAUUACAUGGUGUUGUGGAAGCCCUAAAAGCUACGACAGUCCGUCUUCCUAUAGUUCAUGGUGCAAAGGCAUAUAUCCAGGAUCUGAAACAUGCUGUUGGUUCAGCAGCAGAAGUAAUGCAAGCAAUAGGAUCCUCUGUAUGCUCUAUGUUGUCAAUGGUAGAAGGGCCAAAGUCCAUCAUCUCUGAAAUAGCUAAAGUGGCUGUUGAAGAACGCUCCUUGCUCAACCAAUCGAAAGAUCUCUUGUCUGCCAUCGCAGCUAUGCAGGUUGCUCAAUGUAGCCUACACAGUCAUAUAAUGCAGCUACUACCAAAAUCCAGCCAUAUGCAAAUUUAGAAUAGAUUCUGUGUCUUCAAUGAUCACUAACUCAAACCAGUCUCUAACUUGAGAUCAUACGAGAGUUCAUGACGACGACAGUGGUUUUGCACUGAAGCAAGCUCUAUUCAGGAUGGUGUUGCUGCACACAGGACAUGUUUUGUUAGGCUAACCCAAGUGUAUGUGUACAUGUACUCUAGUGCCAUUUUUUUCCUCUUAUUUGAUGCAAAGAAAUUGCAUCCAUGUUCAUUUGAGACAUCCUCAUAUUCAACAGUUGUAGAUUGAUUGCAUGGUAAAAAGAUGUUGGAAAUA